AUGUUGCAGAAACUCGUUCUAGUCCUUGCCAUGCAAAAGGUGUCAUACAUGAGAAGUAAUGUUGUAGAAACUCGUUCUAGUCCUUGUCAUGCAGAAGGUGUCAUACGUGAGUCUGUAGAAUCUCACUCAAUUCCCUCUGAUAUAGAAGUUGAAGAAGAACAAAUUGAAAAAGAAGUAGAGCCUAAACGGGUUAGAGGUCCUACAAAAAUGUUAGAUGUUUGGGAAAUGGAAGAUGGUGAUUUAAUAAUCGUUAAUUUGGACAAAUAUGGUCGACCAAUUGGUGAGGAAGGGACAACUCUAACUCGUUUCAUUGGUAGCGUAGCUAGAAGGCAUCAAUAUGCUCAUAUCGACUACAAGUCAUGGAAAGUCAUGCCAAAUGAUUACAAAGAAGAAAUGUUGAAAUUAAUAGAGAGUAAAUUUGAGUUUGUUCCUCCAAUAAAUGACUUAACAAGAGAAAUGUUAAAAUCUGAACUGAAUGAGAAAUAG